AGCUGGCCAACUACUGUUAUCUUAGCACUCCACUCCCAUUUCGCACUCAAAACAACCCAUUACUAUUAGCCCAAUGAAUACGACGACGCGUUGCUUAACUGGCACCACUUCAUCAACUCUUUCCCGUAACUUCGUAACCCAUCUAUCUCCACACUAUAUAACCCCUUCUCCUCCCUCUGCUCUCUUCACUCCAACACCUCAAUCCUCUGUUUUCAACACUAAGUUUUCAAAUUAAACCGUUAUGGCCUCUUUUAAUUUUACACAUUUUGUGAUGACCUUCCUUUUGUUAGUCUCUAUUGUUCAUUUUACUUCUGCAGCACGGAGAUUAACAGAGCAAGAUCAACCCUUGUUGUUUAAGUACCAUAAUGGCCAUCUUCUUACUGGCAAAAUUUCUAUUAAUUUGAUUUGGUAUGGGAAUUUCAAACCUUCUCAACGGGCCAUUGUCUCUGAUUUUAUUACCUCUCUGUCUCCUUCUGCAGAAUCGGUUGCUAAAAACCAACCUUCUGUUUCUAAGUGGUGGAAAGCCACUGAAAAAUACUACCAUCUUACCCAUUCUAAGAAAAGUUCUGAUCUUGAACUCUUUUUGGGUACCCAGAUUUCGGAUGAGAGUUACUCAUUAGGUAAAUCGCUUUCGAAUAAGCAAAUUGUUGAAUUAGCAUCAAAGGGUGGCCAAAAAGAUGCUAUUAAUGUGGUUUUGACUUCAGCUGAUGUAGCUGUUGAUGGGUUUUGCUCCAGCCGAUGUGGGACUCAUGGGUCUUCUGUUUCUGCUCAAAAAAUGAUGAAUGCCAAAGACUCUAGAUUUGCUUACAUUUGGGUUGGUAAUUCAGAGACGCAAUGCCCAGGUCAAUGUGCCUGGCCAUUCCACCAGCCCAUCUAUGGACCACAAGGCUCGCCUCUGGUUGCGCCAAACAAUGAUGUGGGUAUUGACGGUAUGGUGAUCAAUUUGGCAAGCCUUUUGGCUGGGACUGCGACCAACCCAUUUGGAAAUGGGUAUUUUCAAGGUCCAAAGGAAGCUCCUUUAGAAGCUGGUUCAGCUUGUAAUGGGGUGUACGGUAAAGGAGCUUAUCCGGGUUAUGCCGGGGAUUUGCUGGUGGAUUCAACAAGUGGUGCUAGCUAUAAUGCACAUGGUGUUAAUGGCAGGAAAUAUUUGGUUCCUGCUCUCUUUGAUCCUUCAACUUCAGCUUGUUCUACGUUGGUUUGAGAGAGGGACGUGCUUUACAUGUUUUGUUUAUGUAUAAAAUUAGUAGAUAGACAUUCUUUUAUUCUCAUGGAGUACUAAUAAAAACAUAUAGUAGUAUUUUUUUUAAUUAUAUUUACUCUCUCUGUUUCUUAACAUAAAGAAUAUUGCUACUUUAUGCAUUCCAUAAA